AUGAAGACAUACAGAUCUGGAGAUCCAGACAUUGCCAUUCCUGAGGAUCUUAAUCUCACAGAACUCCUCCACGGCAGCGCUCGCUCUCCACCCCUACAUUCCGACCACGUCAUCGCUCAGGACGAUGUAGAAGAUCGCACCCUGACUAUAGGUCAGCUACGCUCGAAUGCUGGAAGACUUGCAACAGGCCUGACACGGCAGUACAGCCCUCAUGAUCAAAGUCGGUGGGCUAUUAUCCUUCCCAACAGUGUCGCCUACCUCGAAGCUGUCCACGCGGUUUUGUGGCUCGGUGGCAUAUUUUGUCCCAUUAAUCAUCAGCUGAAGGCGGGCGAGAUCGCGCAUGCUCUAACGGUGUCGAAGCCGACAUUCGUGAUAGUAUACUCCAGAGUUUGGGACACGGUGAAAGAGGCGAUCAACCUGGCGCGAGGUAAAUGUCCAGACUUGAAGGAUCCAGAAGUCUUGACUGCCAUCGGCCCUCCUGUUCAAGGGCUCCGACAUCUCCAUGCAGAUUUCAUGGCCUCCGAGCAAUUAACUGUACCUCACUAUCCGGACACCAAGACGAGGUUAGCAUCGAUACACCUCUCAUCAGGCACCACAGGUAAUCCCAAAGGGGUCGGACUCUCGCAAUAUAAUUACAUAGCCAAUGUAUUACAAAUGUGGGCACACGAUCCGGAUCAUUGGUCCCCGGAGGAGAAGAUUGUCUCCUAUACGCCCUUUGUGCACAUCGCCAAUACUACGAUACCCUUGUUCCUGGGACCGUGGACCGGCAUGUUGCACAUCAUUAUGGGUUCGUUUGACACUGAGACCUAUGCAAGAACCAUUCAUCAGACGAGGGCGACAGCGGCGCAAGUGUCGCCAAUGACCGCGUUGACUAUAGCAACCACAGAUCUGGCCUCGAGAUAUGACUUCUCCAGUAUCAGGCACAUGGUUUGUGGUCCGUUGCCCCUCAAGCAAGACGAUUAUCAACGUUUUCUGCAACGCGGCCAUUGGAAGACAAUAACUCUUUACGGAAUGACAGAGGCCGCUCCAUAUGUGACAUGGCAGAAGAUCGGAGAAGCCAUGCCACUGGGUAAGAGCGGGACGUUACUGCCGAAUAUACUGGCAUCUCUGCGUCUUGAAAACGGCGCAGAUGCUCCAGAAGGCGGACCGGGUGAGCUGUGGUUGAAAGGGCCCAACAUGUCAGCGGGUUAUGUUGAUAAUCCUGAUGCGAAUCAGACUGCCUUUGACCGAGACGGGUGGUACAACACGGGGGACGUGUGUACCAUUUCUCCCGAAGGUCAUCUACAGGUCGUGGGCAGAACAAAGGAGCUGAUCAAGUACAAUGGCUUCCAAGUAUCUCCGACAGAGCUGGAAGCAUAUAUCAUCUCCCACCCUGCCGUUGUGGAUGCCGCAGUUGGAGGCGUAUGGGAUGCUGCCAAGAUGACCGAACUGCCUACAGCGUACGUGGUGCUCAAAGACCAUAUCAAGGAGCGGAAAGACAAGAUUCAAGCGCUCAAGGACAUUCAGAAAACCGUCGACGGGCAAGUGGCGGGAUACAAAAGAUUGCGGGGAGAUAUCUGGGAGGUGACAGCGCUACCCAGAAACGCGACCUUCAAGCUACUGAGGAAGCAGCUGGGAAUGCACAAGACAGGAGUGUGUUCGGCUGAAGGCGAAGCCAGGUCUUCCAAGUUGUAG